GCAGCAGCAGCGGCCAGCGGCUGAAGCCCGCCUGCGCCCACCGUCUGCCUGCUUCGCUCCGACACAACUGAAUGUGUUUUAAUCACAGGGAAAGUUUUCAGGCAGACGGGAAGGAGACCACCUUGGAAUAUUUCAUGGUUGGAGUUUAUAAAUCCCUAAAUCUCGCAUCAAAACAUACCACAGAUGUUUGCUGACCAAACGCUCAGGAACUCUUUUGGUACGUGCUCCAUCCAAACUGCUUCCUUAAAGGUUCGAGCAGAGUUGUCGUCUGAAAGCGGAGAUGUCUUCCAAAACGCCGAGCUCCAGUAGUGUCGCGCAGGCCAGGCGGACGGUGCAGCAGCUCAGGAGAGAAGCUCGCAUCGACAGGAUAAAAGUGUCCAAGGCUUCAUCAGACCUGAUGCGCUACUGUGGAGAGCAUGCCAAGAACGACCCUCUGCUGAUGGGCAUCCCAACCUCAGAGAACCCCUUCAAAGAAAAGAAGCCUUGCACUGUUUUGUAGCUGAAUACCCAAACUGUUGCUUUUCUGACUCUUAUGUAACAUGGCUGUUAGUAGUUUGAACAAACUUGCCUAAAAGCCUCGGUGGUGGUUGACUUUUUUUUUCACAUUUACAAUUUUUCCCCCCAAAUUAUUAAUUGCAAGGGGUUUUUUCAUAAUUUGUCUGAUUCUGCAUCUUAUAGCCUAGUGUGACUUGUGUAUGAUCUUUUUCUCUUUUAUUUCUCUUCUUGUAUUUUUUGACUGAUGCGUUGAAUGUUAAAUCAUACUGACGGAGAUGAACCAAGGAUUAAACAACACAGUUUCCAGCUGUGAGGAAGGGAAGGUGACCAGACCUGCAGGAACGAGUGUGUUGCUUCAACAAUGUGUUGUGAAUGGUGUAGUUACAUCUCUAUGUCCUGAAUGUUGCCAAGAGAUGAACAUAUGACUUUGCAGGCCAGUCCUCUUGGUGCAACCGCCACCAUUGAACACAACCUCCUCUCACCAGGCGUCUCCGCUCCGCACUUCACUUCACCGCCUAUGGUAGGAUAAUCUGACGAGGUAGCAUGGAUCGUCAGAACAUUGGCGGAGUCGUUUCUGACCACCUGAUUUACGGCACAAACAUCCGUGCGUCAGAACCUGCCAGCAGACUACCAAGCCAAAGUCCACCAGUUCCAUGAGUUUAUUAAAAAGCAACUGGAACCUUUCAUCAACAUGGACGAAGUCAACCAUAUACUACGGGGCAACUUACAGUCCAGAAAAUAUGGUACCUUUUAAAUAAAAAUAAAACCAAAGAACAGGAAGUCUGACAUUUUCGGGACGAGGUAUAAUUUGCGUGUUAGCCCAGUGGAGGCUUCACAUUUCCUCUGUGACAGCAAACGCCUGAUAAAUAAUUACCAUAUCAUACCUAAACAAGACCCUUAACUCGUUGGGUCAGUCAGAUAGAAAAGCCUUUACCUCUUAAUUUUAUCAUGCCUGCUUGAGGAAGGAGGGAGUUUGUGCUCUAAUGAUAAGGACCAUUCAAGAUGAUGACGUCCUGUCAGUGGACCAACAGGCUGCUGCCAUUACUGCAUGAUAAAUGGAGACGGUGAAGCUCAGUUGCUGGUGAUGGCCAGCUGUUGCCUCAGGCAGCCAUGGACUAACAAUCACAUGUAGAGAUCAUGCUUAGUGUUGUCCAUUUAUAGGUUGCUCCAAACAGCAGUGUCCAUGUGUGUUCCAUAGAGAAUGUGGAUUCAUUCCUUAGUUUACAGAUUUCUAAAAAAAAAAAAAAAAACAAACUCCCAACCCAACAUGUUCUACAAUGGGCAGAUGUUGAAUCAUCAAAAGGAUAAAAGCAGAUGUCCUGGAAUCCGCUCAGCCUUCUGCUUUUCUGCUGAAAGUCUUGCCGUGUUGCAGCCUAAAAGAAGCACAGCCACAUAUCAGUAUACUGCUGGAUACAGAAGUACUGCAAAUAAUUGGAAUAAAAGCCCAUUUAUUUCAGGAACUUCAUCUUUAAGUGAAACAUUAUACAGAUUAACUAUACUCAGACAACUGUUUAAUUAUGAUUUUCCACUUGCAGCUAAUGAAAACAAGACAUUUAAAAUUAAAAUAUUACAUCAGACAGAUAAAAUAAUAUAUCUGCAAAAACAGCAAGGAAAAGUAGGUUUAGUAUUUUCAAAAGCUACUUUUAAUCUGACAAAAUGAGGCACAUCGAGAAAAAUAUUCUAAUUUACUGAAAAUGUCUUUAGAAAAUACAGCUGGACUUUUCUCUGACAGUAUUUCAAACGUCUCACUGAGGCUGAAUAAAACUACCAUCAUUACCAGCUCAGAGAGAAGCAGGGCAAACAGAAAAAAAACUCAUUUUUUUGUUUUUUCUUUUGCUGCUAUUCAUUAUGUCCUAAAGUAAAACACAACCCUGCAGGGUAUUUUGAAUAAAAACUGUGGUUCUGAUAUUUGUUUCCAGGGGCAUAUUCCUAUUUAUGGGAGUAUUCCUGCUGUUAUUUUGGCACCUUUCUUUUGUUUUAUACAUUUUAAAUCUCCUUUGUGAUCUCUUCACUGGUGGGUUACUGGACUGUGAAAGCUGGAUUUAAAAUGACCGUUAUACUUACAGACAUUCUGUGCUCUUAAUCUCCUUAACUGUUUCAAUUAAUCUUUAAUUUGUUUGCUGUCACAGUUUUACUUUUGACAGAGUCUUAUUCCUGAAGCCAGGAAGCUUCAACUCUGAAAGCUACAUUUUUAAAAAAUUUGAAUUAAAAAACCAAUGACUUUUGUCACAUAAGUGCUUUAGGCUAAUACUGUGAAUAAUGAAGGCUUUAAGUGAAUAGUUUGCUUUUCAAAGUGUAAUGAAUUAUUGCUUAUUUGUGUCAAUAAACAGUGCUGUGAAGAAGUAUUUGCCCCAUUAA